AUGGUUGUACUCCAUGAAAUUCUCGAUGGCCCUAACGGCGACGAUCCAAACAAUAAUCCUCAAGAAGGAGAAGAUAAUCAAAACGAGAAUCCUCAAGAAGAAGUAGAGAAUCUUCGGAAUCUUCUAGAACUUCCAGAAGAACUCAUCGAAAGACUCAUCGCACACAUCCCAAGAUGUUAUUACCCGUAUAUAUCUCUCGUCUCCAGAGACUUUCGUCAAGUAAUCACUUCGGAUAAACUAUUCCGAACGCGCUCGCUCCUCGGCUUCAACGAACCGGUUCUUUAUGCCUUAAUCGGAUCCACACAGACUCCCCUAAGCUGGUUCUUUCUUCGUUGGAGCAACUUCCCAUUAGAAUUACACAGAAUCCGUUCACUUCCUACAGUGUUACUUGGAGCAGCUGUGGUCACAAUCGGAUACAAGAUGUAUGUAAUGGGAGGUACCAUCGGCUUGAAUCAUCAUGUAUCGACUGUGAUUGUCAUCGACUGCAGAAACCAUACGUGGAACUAUCUCCCGGAUAUGAAAAGGGCUCGUUACCGUGCAGCCGCCGGAGAAAUUGGCGGAAGGAUUUAUGUGAUCGGAGGACGCAAGAAACAAGAUGCUGAUUGGGUUGAAGUGUUCAAUGCGACGACUGAGAGUUGGGAAACUGUGUCUAGUGUAUGCCCUAACGAUGCUAGUGCGAAUGGAGUAUUUUCUACAUAUGUGGUGAUGCAGGGGAGGAUUUUCGCUUUGGAUCGUUGGGGUUGUUUUGCUUACAAACCAGUACAAGGUUUAUGGCAGUCAUGGGGUGUUGCAAGUGAGUUGACGAGAUUUUGGCACCCGUUGUCGUCGUUUACUGUGAUUGGAGAGUUGUUGUAUACAGUUGAUCUUACGUGUUCUCUUGGACAUCCGAUAGUGGUAUAUUAUCCGAAUGAAUCGGUUUGGAGACCUGUGAUGGGUUUUCAUUUGCCUAUUCUCAGUCAAUGUUGGUCCAAGAUAGCGAAUUUUGGUGGGAAGUUGGUGAUUUUCUGCACCUGUCUUGGGACGUUUAAGCAUAUUUUGUGCAUAGUGAUUGCGUUGGAAGCACGUCAAGGAGGUCAUAUUUGGGGGGUGGUUGAAUCAAACUCGCGCGUGUUUAGGGACGAUAUGAUGUUGCCUUACAUUCGGCUUUGUCAAACUGUUACUUUUUGA